AUGCAUCUUGCUGCCCUUUUCGGUCUGCUGUCCCUCGCGGCAGCAGUCUCCGCUGCUCCCCCCAAGGCUCACAAGUCCCGAGCCCAUUCCUCGGCUUCUAUCAGCAAUCUGCAGAGCAAGAUUAAGAAUGUUGUUAUUCUUGAGAUGGAGAACCGCUCUUUGGACAACGUCCUUGGUGGUCAGACUCUCAAGGGACUAGAGAACCCCAUCAACAACGGUCCAUUCUGCAACCCAUAUAAUCUGACCGAGCCCUCUUUAGGCCAGGUCUGCAGCUCCGCCAAGGACUUUGACUCUAUCCUGGAUGAUCCAGAUCACUCGGUGACUGGCAACAACAUUGAAUUCUACGGCACUUUUAGUCCCAGCAAUGAGAACAUCGCUCAGGGCCAGCUCACCCCUUCUCAACAGGGAUUCGUGCACGAGCAGCUGCGCCGCUAUGGUAACGAUGUAAACAAGACCGAGCUUGCUCAGCAAGUCCUCAACUAUUAUACCGAGGAUGAGGUGCCAGUUUUGACAUCUCUGGUCCAAAAUUACCUCACUUUUAACCAUUGGCACUCUGACCACCCUGGUCCCACCAACCCCAACCGCGCCUAUGUUCUGUCCGGAACAUCAGCCGGCCACGGUACCAACGACGAAGCGUUCGAUUCUGACGUCCACGGACUAACUCAGCGCUCAAUUUUCCAGCAACUCUCCGAGACCAACCACAGCUGGAAAAACUACUACACAAGCACCGACAUGAUCGAUGCCUUCUUCUUUGACUGGACCUUCACCAGCAACAACACCGACAAGGCCCAGCCCCUGUCAAACUUCUACGACGACGCCGCAGCAGGCACUCUACCCGAAUUUUCCUUCGUCGACCCCUCCUGCUGCGGCCAAGGCACAAGCUCCAUGCACCCAACAGGCCUGAUCUCCGACGGAGAAACCCUCAUCAAGAACGUCUACGACGCCCUCCGCGCCAGCCCCCAGUGGGAAGAGACUCUCUUCAUCCUGACCUUUGAUGAGACCGGUGGUUUCCACGACCACGUCCCUCCCCCUCUGGCCCCCCGUCCAGAUGACCUGACUUACACCGAGACUGCGCCCAACGGCGAGUCGUACACUUUCACCUUCAACCGUCUUGGUGGCCGUAUCCCUACGCUGCUUAUCUCCCCCUGGAUUGCCAAGGGCCAGGUUGAGCAGAAGGGCACAAACUCCGACGGAGCUGUUGUUUCGUACUCGGCUUCUUCGAUUCUGCGUACUCUCGGUUACCUUUGGGAGUUUGAGCCUUUCACCCCCCGUGUUGGUGGUGCUGCUUCCUUUGAGCAUCUCAUCGAGAGCAAUAUGCGUACUGAUACCCCUGCUCAAUUGCCGGCGCCCAAGGCUUUCAAGGCUAAGGUUUGA